AUGCCCGCCAGCGGCUGGUGUCCUGUUGGGCCACCUCCUAAACUCCCCCAUCACAGGCGCGCGCAGCCCCACCCUCGCUGGCGCCUUUGUUAUCUGAGCCUGGGUCGCUGGGCUGCCGGCGUGGGUGGUGGAGCGUACUCACUCGCUUAUUGUGUGACUAUGGGGAAUGGGGUCCCUAGGGAUUUGGGAACAUCUCUCGAGCCAGGUGAAGCUUAUCUUUUAGACGUGAAUGCCUUUGGCGGAAUGAAGACGUCUGGGGAGAAAUCUCUGACCCCUGAGUUCGGACUCACCCACCAAAAAAAGGAUGAUUUAGGAGACACGAGCGUUCUCAUGGGAACGAAUUCUCCCAUAGAAUUGAGGCCUGGAGUAGGAUUAGGAAAAGAUUCUCAAUGGAGAGAGAACCCCAUGGUUAAUAGUAAAUAUGAGAAGAGGAUGGGAUCACAAGAAACAAAAUCUUCGCUGAACAAGGAGCCUGAAAUGGGCUUAGAAAAACAGAGUAUUUCUGAGUUGGCCUUGAAAACCCCCACGAAGUGGGAUAAUUUAGAAGUGAACAAAGUCUCAGUCUCUCAGGAAAUAAAACCUUCUCUGGGAGUGUUGCCAGGGAGAAUGGGAUUAGAAAAUGAGUGUCUACUGGCUGAGUGUCCUGGUGGAAGGGUAAAACAGCCUCCCUUGGGCAUGGAGUGUGGAAGUCAACAAGUUCCAUGGAGCAGGAGAGUGCCUAUGGCUAGGGCGUCUGUAGAGAUGGGCACUUCAAUGGGAAAACAGCCUACUUUGGAUACGGAACCUAAAGAGGAACUGAAGAAAGAUUUGACCUGUGUUGUAACAAAGCCCAGCACAGAGAUGACAUAUCCAAUGGAGGUGGACGUGGGGCUACCCCAACCAGAGAAGCUAGAGCCCCAAAUGGGCUUAGUGAUAGAACCCCCUAUAUGUCAGUUUGCCCAGCAACCCAAAGUGAAAAAGGAAGAGAAUGAAAACAUUGAGCCUCCACAUCACUUCAGACCUAUAUACGCUGGGAAAUUUUUUGAUCGAAUGCCUCACUGGCCAACUGCAGGAAAAGUUACUCCAGUUGGAUACAGAGUUGCAAGUUGCUUAACUGAAAAACUUCCCCGGCUCAUUACUCCACCUGAAGCAAAAAAGUUUUUCAACUUCAGAUAUCCACCUGCUGGAGUGGAAAGAGUAUUUUAUGGCAGAGCAAAUGAUCCGCAAAUUGCACCUAAUUUGACACAUGGCAUAACAUCUACAAGCUCAAUAUCGGCAAGUACAUUGAUAAAUCCACCACCUAUCACCACAUUUCAACAAAAAUUUAAAGAUAAAAAAGAAUCUAUAUAUUUUAGCAAUCAACGAGCUCCAUUAGGAAAAUGUCAUGAUCAAACACCAGGAUUACCUAAAGGAAUGGAUAUAAUCAAUACGACCUUUGGGAGAAAAAUCAUCAGAGACCUCUCUGCUAGAGAAGUGGUGAAUCCACCGAAAUCUUAUGAAGAAGUAUUUAAAGAAGGAAAAGAAGGGCAUGAUCUAUAUAUUGUUUCUCACAAUGAUUAUAAUGUGGGGGAAGCUAAGAACAGAAAGUAUAACUCAUCACAUUUCCAUAGGUUUAACUUGUAUGGAGCUCCAACACCACAUUUUAAUGAUGGACGAAACGUGGCAAAAACUUUUUAUUGGCUUCAUGAACUACAAAUGAGAAGAGGAGCUAAAGUUGUAUCCAAGAGAGUUGAUGAUUUCAAAGAAAAGUUUCAACAUAAACUUGGAAGAGUUUUAGACCCCAUUGCAGAAACAAUGAAUGUUCCCCCAAACCACACAUUUGGUGCUUGUCUCUGCCCUGAGGAGUAUGGAGCUGGUGAUCUCAUCCAUAAUAGACUUCCGGGUGAAUAUCUUCGAGGCAAAGACAGACAGCGAGCUAUGAUUGCAGCGGUUCGACAUCACUUGAAGAAAGUUAACUGCCAAAACUUUGACACUUUGCUGGCAGCCUUCAGGCACUAUGACAAGAAGAGAGAUGGAAUGAUAGAUAAAGCUGAGCUACAGGAAGCUUGUGACCAGGCCAACCUGCAUUUAGAUGAAAAGCUCUUGGACCAGCUAUUUGACUACUGUGAUGUGGAUAAAGAUGGCAUGAUUAACUACUUAGAAUUUGCAAAUUUUCUGAACUGGAAAGACAAAAUGCCUCUUAAAGAGUAUGAAGAGAGGGUCAUUAUUAAAGGUAGAAAACAAGAUUGUGCAAACCUUACUGAGGCUAACAUUAAAGAAUCUGAGCCAACUCUCCUGAUAAAGCCUGAAGAUAUUGUCUUAAAAGAACCAGGGAGCUCAGAAAAGAUACUUCGGACGCUUUUGAGACCAAGCGAUAAGGUUUCUAAUGAGUAUAAGACAAGCUCUUCUGAAAUCAACGCAGUUGUAGGAGCUGUUCCCUCUACUUGUUAUCCUAUCUAUGGCAUUCCGACCAUUCGGUCUGAUCUUCCUGCACCCCGGCUUCGUCGCAUCAGUGAUAGAACUAAUUAUGGUGAAGAAGGCAAUGUUUAUUCAUUACUACAUCCUACCAUCUUCAGUCAGAAAGGAGUGUUUGAGAGAGACUUCUUCAAGACCAGGUCAAAAGAAGAGAUUGCACAGAUAUUAUGUAACAUUGGUAUCAAGCUUUCUGAUGAAGAAUUUGAAAAUGUAUGGACUCUCGCAUCAAGAAAACACCAUAGUGGAGACGUCUGUGUAGAGAGCAUCAGAAAUGUUCUAGAUGAGUUGCAGCAUGCAGACCGCAUCAGAUGUAAAACAACCAUGUGA